AUGGCUAUCCAGUCACUGCGCGAGAUCAACGCUUAUAAUCUGCGCACCUUCAAGCGCCACUAUGUCGCGGAGAUCUCAGGCUCGCUUGGCGAUCUGGGCACCUUCCUGCCGAUCGCGAUCGCGCUGGCUGUGAACGGCACCGUAUCCCUCGCCAGCACACUGAUCUUCUCGGGGAUCUUCAACAUCCUAACGGGCGUGUUUUUUGGUAUCCCCUUGCCAGUCCAGCCGAUGAAGGCUAUUGCCGCCGUAGCCAUUGCGCGCAGUUUCUCAAACGGCACGAUCGCUGCGGCGGGGAUCUUCGUCGGUGCUUGUAUUCUGAUCUUCAGCUUGUCAGGGAUCUUGCGCUGGUUUUCCAGCGUCAUCCCUAUCCCAGUUGUCAAGGGUAUCCAAGUCGGAGCGGGAUUAUCCUUGAUCAUCGCCGCCAGUACCAGCAUGCUCCAACCCCUGGGCUGGAUCAGCCCAUCUUGGGCCGAUAACCGUAUCUGGGGAAUCGCUGCCUUUGUGGCGCUUCUGCUUACAAACAUUUAUCGCCGACUACCUUAUGCGCUCGCCGUGUUGGUUCUGGGUAUUGUGUUUGCUAGUAUUCGCACUGCACUCACGGGCCACAUGCCUGGGUUUGAAGUGUGGCAUCCCUUCUCUCUGAUCCCAAGUCCACAUGAAUGGCGCGUCGGAGCUAUUGACGCUGGUGUUGGUCAAAUUCCCCUUACUACCCUCAACUCUAUUGUGGCGGUUGUCCAUCUCGCGCAUGAUCUGCUGCCGAACGUGCGCACCCCGUCCAUUACCCAUGUUGGGUUGAGUGUGGCAGGCAUGAACUUAAUUGGCUGUUGGUUUGGUGCUAUGCCUGUUUGCCAUGGCUCCGGUGGUCUUGCAGCGCAAUAUCGGUUCGGAGCGCGCUCAGGCGCAAGUGUCAUCUUCCUCGGCAUGUUGAAGCUUCUUAUUGGCGUCCUCUUCGGUGAGACAUUAGUUGAUCUCCUGAAACGAUUCCCUGCUGCUUUCCUCGGUGUGAUGGUCAUUGCAGCGGGUGCGGAACUGCUCAGCGUUGGUGAGAGCCUCAACACUACUGGGGCUCGGGACUUGAACCAGGCUGGUGCUGGUCUUUUGGCAAAUUCGGGACAACAUCUGGGCCCUGUUCUCACGGAUGAAGAACGCAGCCGUCGCUGGACCGUCAUGAUGGUCACCGUGGGGUUGUUGGUAGGUUUCAAGAAUGACGCCAUCGGAUUCAUUGCCGGCAUGCUUUGUCACUGGUCAUAUGAGAUCCCAGAAUGGUGGGAGAAGGGUCGUAGCCGUUGGUCAGAGGGUAGGUUGCGUCUAGGUGACUAG